AUGAUUCCCAAAGUUUGCUAUUUGCUAUUUGCUUUCUUCCUGAGCCUGGUCGUCGCUUCUCCGGUUGCUCUGGAGCAGCGCACGCCCGCGCCAUCCCUCGGACUCAAGAAACAGACUAUCCAGUCUGGAACCAGGCAGCCAUGGACCGCAUUCGGCUCUUACCUGACCUUCGACAAGAAUGCCAAGAUUGAGAAAGAACACCUUGCCGGCCUCGCCAAGGCCGCCUACGAGGAAAUGUACAACAUAGAGCCCAACAAGAGGGACCUUCCCAACGUCAUGACCGCCAUCAAGGUCGACAACGAGGUCUUCCUGUCCUCCAACAUGAAGGGCGGCGGCGGUGUCUACAUCUACAACAUGCAGGAACAGCCUCUCGCCAACAAGCCCAACAAGGACGAGGACGUCGUCGAGAACGGCUACGGCGCUUUUACCGACGUGCUGCAGCAGAACGCCCCCGACGUCAAGGAUGCCCUGGACGCUUUGCGUAAGAAGUCGCGUGAGCUCGACCACAAGAACCCCCAGUCCAACUCUCAGCAGCCUUCUCGUACCUCCAACAAUGGCGGCAAGGCUAACCAGAACGACGGCAAGAGCUCCUCCAGAACCGACCCCGGCAAAACGUCACAGGAACUUAAGUCAAACCGUCAGACGACCUUCCAGCAUAAGAACGACGCCAACUGCGGUGAGGUUAUGGCUUCCCUGCGUUACCGCAUGGUGCACAAGACCGAGACGCUUAAGAACAAGAAGCCCCAGCCUACCAUUGUCGCGUGGAGUGUCCAGAACGGCGUCGGCAAGAUCCGCGCCCCCUGCGAGCAGGGCCACACUCUGGACGACGACGACGCCUGCGGUCUUAGCUGGGGUUGUGGCGCCUUUACCGGUCCCCAGGGCAUGAACUUCAAUGUUGUUCCCGCCAAGACGAAGGCUAUUGAUGUUGCCGAUAAGGCAUUCCCGCAGUUCAAGUCCGCACAGGCGGAUUUGCCCUCGCCCACCAUCAAGAAGACUACCAGACCUCCUCAGAACAACAACGGCCAGCCUGGUCCCGCUACUAAGCCUAAGAAUCCUAAGCAGCCGGCUCAACCUCCCAAGCAGCCUGCCCAGCCGCCGAAGGAUACCAAGAAGGACCCCAAGAAGGACACGAAGAAGGGAGGAAGGAAGGGAGGAAAGUAA